AUGGAAAGGUUCUACCGCUGUAUGUCUGUCAUCGACGGAACGACCUUCAGAGGUUCUACAUUCUUCGGGGACGAAAGAGGAGCAACACAACAGGAUUACUGCUUAAAUACUCCCCACCACCACACCCAUUUCCCUCCUCACCUCACCUCAUCUCAAGUCCUCCUCAACCCAGCGCAACUUGUCCAUCUCACUCACUCGCCAAUGUCCUCCACCCCGCCCGCGAUCCUCGACAUGCCGCCUUCGGACGACGUCGCCAGCAAUGGCGCGCGAGCGGCGGCGAGGCGGAGGCGCCUGCUUCUGUGCGCCAACUACGCCGCCCUGCUCGGCGGCUCCGUCGCGUCCAGCCUCAUGUCCCGCUACUACUUCGCGCACGGCGGACACGAUCGCUGGGUGGCCACGCUGGUGCAGUCGGUCGGCUUCCCGGUGCUGCUCCUGCCCGUCUACGCCGGCAGGUCGGCCGGCCAGCCCAGGCCGUUCACGUGGUUCACGCGCCGGCUGCUCAUGGCGUGCAUCCUCAUCGGGGUGCUCAUGGGGGUCAACAACCUGCUCUUCUCCUACAGCUCCUCCUACCUGCCCGUGUCCACCUCCUCGCUCCUGCUGUCCAUGCAGCUCGCCUUCACGCUCGUGCUCGCCGCCAUCAUCGUGCGCCACCCCUUCACGUUUUCCAACCUCAAUGCCGUCGUGCUCCUCACCCUCAGCUCCGUUCUGCUCGCGCUCCGGUCGUCCGACUCCGCCGAGCAGCCCGACGGCGGGAGCCGGACGAGGUACUUCGUGGGCUUCGCUGUCACGCUCGGCGCCGCGGGGCUCUUCGCGGCCUACCUGCCGGUCAUGGAGCUGCUGUACCGGAGGGCCGUGUCGGGUGGGUUCCGCAUGGUGGUGGAGGUGCAGGUGGUCAUGCAGGCGGCGGCGACGGCGCUGGCCGUGGCAGGGCUCGUCGCGGCGGGAGGGUGGGGCAAGGAGGUCGCGCGGUGGGACGGGUCCCCGGCCGCCUACUGGACGCUGGUCGUCGCGCUGGUGGUGACGUGGCAGGCCUGCUUCAUGGGCACCGCCGGGAUGGUGUACCUCACGUCGUCGCUGCACAGCGGCGUCUGCAUGACCGCGGUGCUCACCUUCAACGUGGUCGGCGGCGUGGUCGUGUUCCGCGAUCCGUUCGGCGCCGAGAAGGCCGUCGCCACCGUGCUCUGCGUCUGGGGCUUCUCCUCCUACCUCUACGGCGAGUACACCACGCGGCAGAAGCAGCAGGAAGGCGACGGCAAGGUGGCCGCCGCGUCUGACGGAAGCGGCGCGGACAAGAGUGUUACAGGUGGCGGCGGUGGCGUGGGAGGAGGUGCAGUUGAGACCGUUUGAGCUAGCUUCUUUUUUUUUCUUUUUUCUUUUUUAGAGCAUAGCAUCCGAAACAUAUGCUGCAUCAUGGAAAUGUUAAGACGGGGGAAAAAGUCUCAACGGUAGUGCAUCGAGUAGUCUAGUCGCAGAACGCAUGCGUGGAACAUAAGUUAGACAUGCAUGUAUGUAUGGCACAAGAGACAAAGCAGGUUGUGUACAUAGUGAUCGAUGCAUGAGCCGUGCAUGAGAGAUGGAGGUUGAUGGUUGUGCUUUGCUGGCUGCUUGUUUGUAAGGUUUAAGGUUUAGUAAAAGUGUUUCUAGAUCGUCAGUUUUAGUACAAGUUUCGGUGGAUGAAAUGGAAGAAGGAUGAAUGAUGGAGUGACAUAAUAUAUACCUCCUGUGAUGUACAACCUCUGGAGUAACAUCCUUACAAAAUUGUGGUUCCUUUGGAGCCUAUCAGAGCAUCUCGCAUCAGAACAGGGAAAUAUUCCCCAGCUCAAAAUGUUGCCUUGUUUUGUGUACAUGCCUGAACUGUUAACUAGCACAGCCCCGGUUUUUAUAUAUAUGCAAGCUUGCGUCAUUGUGAAUGU